AUCGAUUUUGCAACUUAGAGAUUCAUUCCACACACACUGCACUAACUCAUUGAAAGCCUUUCUUUCUUCACUUAAAACAUAAUGGAGACCGUUCUUUCCAACCACUCCCCACCUUCUUCUGCUUUCAAGGAUGUGAGCAAAGAAGAGGAAGAAUCACUACUUGGACAAAUUGAAAUAUGGAAAUACAUGACACAAUUCACCGACUCAUUUGCUCUAAAAGCUAUUGUUGAGCUACACAUAGCUGACAUAAUCGAUAGAUAUGGUAAACCAAUUUCCCUGUCACAAAUUGUGCAAAAUCUUGAAGAUGCACCCACCCCCGAUUCUUCUCUUCUCUUAAGAGUAAUGAGAGUCAUGGUUCGUAGAAAAAUUUUCAGUGCAGAAAAAUCCGAAACCGGAGAGAUUCUCUACGGUUUAACACACGCAUCGAAAUGGAUCCUACAAGACACAAAAAUGACAUUGGCACCUAUGUUGUUGCUAGAGAAUCACCCGUUUCAUCUGAACCCUAAUAACUAUAUCAGUGAAAUUGUACGAGAAGGAACCAAAAAUGGCACUGCUUUCUUUAGGUGUCAUGGUCAUGAACAAUUUGAAACGACGGGUUUGGACUCGAAAUACAAUGAAUUGUUUAACCAAGGUAUGGUGUGCACUGCUAGGAUCAUAUCUAGGGCUGUUAUUGCAGGUUACAGAGAUGGGUUUAACCAAAUUCAGUCUUUGGUUGAUGUUGGUGGUGGUAUUGGUGGAUCUCUCUCUGAGAUUGUUAGAGCUUAUCCUCAUAUUCAAGCUAUUAACUUUGAUUUACCUCAUGUUAUUUCAACUGCACCUCAAAUUGAUGGUAUCACCCAUAUUGAAGGAGACAUGUUUGUUUCUGUUCCUAGUGCUGAUGCUAUUUACAUGAAGUGGAUUCUUCAUGACUGGAGCGACGACCAUUGCAUAAAGAUAUUGAAGAAUUGUAGGAAGUCAAUACCAGAGAAAACAGGAAAGGUGAUCAUUGUGGAUCAUGUUUUGGAUCCGGAAGGAGCUGAACCAUUUACCGACGUUGGCAUAGCAUUUGACAUGUUGCUUCUUGCACAUAAUGCUGGUGGUAAGGAAAGGACCGAAGAGAACUGGAAAUACCUAUUCAAAGAGACGGGAUUCCCUCGUUACAACAUCAUCAAAAUCAAUGCUCUUCCAUCCAUCAUUGAGGCGUUUCCAAUCUAAAUUCAUGAUUUGUGAUGAGUUUGGUUUCAUGAUGAUUUCGUAUGUGUUGCUUUGUGUGGUUUUAAUGGGAGUUUUGUUAUCUAAGGCAAAAAUAAUCUGUGUAUCAUAAUUUGAAUAAAAAUUCUGCUCAGCACCUAGAGAUGGCUAUGGUUCAUCCAUGAGGGAGCUUCUUUUGGUUUCAUAAGGAGGUCAUGCAACAAAGUGUUGGCUGAGUAUUUUAAGACUCUACGGUUAAUUGUUAAUGAGUUUGAUGAAUUGUUAUUGUUGUGCACAUUUUCUUCCCUUUUUCAUUUAACUUCUAUUGUCUCAAUCAAUUGUAUCACUUAUUAUAUACUCCCUUCCUUUUUAAUUGUGAGUGAAAAAUUGUUUCUUUUUAA